AUGGGCCUAUUCGGCCACAUGCGCAUCCACGAGAGCGGAAUUGACCGCAGCCUUGACACACCCACCCCGCCGAGCCCCACUCCCAAUCCAUCACCCUGUGCACCCUGUGCACCCACUAACCACUCCCCAGCCGACAUCGACGCCACCGACCUUACCACCCCUCACUCCUCCCCUUCCUCCUACUCUUCCUCCUUCACUGCCACAACGACGGCCGCUUCGGCGUCUGUCGCCCACGACUUCACCACAGCCGAACCUGGCACAACAACAGGCACAACCCCUGCAACCUCCAUCAUCAGACGUGAGGGCCAGGGCUACAUCUGCCCUCACUGCGAUCGCACAUUCACUUCACGCAUUGGCCUGGUCGGUCAUUUGCGAAUCCAUCGCACAGAGACUGGCGAACCAGUGCCUGGAGCACCAACCUACACUCACCGCACUCGCCUCUACUGCCCACACUGCCCUCGCACCUUCACGCAUCGCAUGGGCCUAUUCGGCCACAUGCGGAUCCACGAGAGCGGAAUUGACCACAAUUCCGAUACAGCCACGACAUCCAACACAUCCACCACGCCCAGACCCAUCCUCGCUCCACCGUCACACGUGCCGACCACCACCACCACCGCCACCACCAUCAACACCACUGCUUCCUCUUCAGCUGACACCGACACCGACACCGCCAACCUUUCAUGCCCACAUUGUCCACGCACCUUCACCUCACGCAUCGGCCUGGUCGGUCACCUGGAAAUCCAUCGCACAGAGACUGGCGAACCAGUGCCUGGAGCACCAACCUACACCCACCGCACUCGCCUCGGCUGCCCACAAUGCCCUCGCACCUUCAGGCAUCGCAUGGGUCUAUUCGGCCACAUGCGCAUCCACAACGACCUGCGGUAG